GGCACCGCCCAUCUGUUGGUCCGGACGCCGCGAAGGCGGGGCCCGCAGUUCGGUUGCGCCGCGGAGCGCAGCUGUGAGCGAGUCUUUCUGAUCCGGGGCCCCGGAACCCGAGCUGGAGCUGAAGCGCAGGCUGCGGGGAGCGGAGUCGGGAGGCCUGAGUGUUUGUUCCAGCAUGUCGGAGGGGGAGUCCCAGACAGUACUCAGCAGUGGCUCAGACCCAAAGGUAGAAUCCUCAUCCUCAGCUCCUGGCCUGACGUCAGUGUCACCUCCUGUGACCUCCACAACCUCAGCAGCUUCCCCAGAGGAAGAAGAGGAAAGUGAAGAUGAGUCUGAGAUCUUGGAAGAGUCACCCUGUGGGCGCUGGCAGAAGAGGCGAGAAGAGGUGAAUCAGCGGAAUGUACCGGGUAUUGACAGUGCAUACCUGGCCAUGGAUACAGAGGAGGGGGUAGAGGUUGUGUGGAAUGAGGUACAGUUCUCUGAGCGAAAGAACUACAAGCUGCAGGAGGAAAAGGUCCGUGCUGUGUUCGAUAAUCUGAUUCAGUUGGAACAUCUCAACAUUGUCAAGUUUCACAAGUAUUGGGCUGACAUUAAAGAGAACAAGGCCAGGGUCAUUUUUAUCACAGAAUACAUGUCAUCUGGGAGUCUUAAGCAAUUUCUGAAGAAGACCAAAAAGAACCACAAGACUAUGAAUGAAAAGGCUUGGAAGCGUUGGUGCACACAAAUCCUCUCUGCCCUAAGCUACCUGCACUCCUGUGACCCCCCCAUCAUCCAUGGGAACCUGACCUGUGACACCAUCUUCAUCCAGCACAACGGACUCAUCAAGAUUGGCUCUGUGGCUCCUGACACUAUCAACAAUCAUGUGAAGACUUGUCGGGAAGAACAGAAGAAUCUCCACUUCUUUGCACCAGAAUAUGGAGAAGUCACUAAUGUGACAACGGCAGUAGACAUCUACUCCUUUGGCAUGUGUGCACUGGAGAUGGCAGUGCUAGAGAUUCAGGGCAAUGGAGAGUCCUCAUAUGUGCCACAGGAAGCCAUCAGCAGUGCCAUUCAGCUUCUAGAAGACCCAUUACAGAGGGAGUUCAUUCAAAAGUGCCUGCAGUCUGAACCCGCUCGCAGACCAACAGCCAGAGAACUUCUGUUCCACCCAGCACUGUUUGAAGUGCCCUCGCUCAAACUCCUUGCUGCCCACUGCAUUGUGGGACACCAGCACAUGAUCCCAGAGAAUGCUCUGGAGGAGAUCACCAAAAACAUGGAUACCAGUGCUGUACUGGCUGAAAUCCCUGCAGGACCAGGAAGAGAACCAGUUCAGACGUUGUACUCUCAGUCACCAGCUCUGGAACUGGAUAAAUUCCUUGAAGAUGUCAGGAACGGGAUCUACCCCCUGACGGCCUUUGGGCUGCCUCGGCCCCAGCAGCCACAGCAGGAGGAGGUGACAUCACCUGUGGUGCCGCCUUCUGUCAAGACUCCAACACCUGAACCCGCUGAGGUGGAGACCCGCAAGGUGGUGCUGAUGCAGUGCAACAUAGAGUCGGUGGAGGAGGGCGUCAAACACCAUCUGACGCUUCUGCUGAAGCUGGAGGACAAACUGAACCGGCACCUGAGCUGUGACCUGAUGCCAAAUGAGAACAUCCCCGAGUUGGCGGCGGAGCUGGUGCAGCUGGGCUUCAUUAGCGAGGCGGACCAGACGCGACUGACUUCUCUGCUGGAGGAGACCCUGAGCAAGUUCAAUUUUGCCAGGAACAGCACCCUCAACUCAGCCGCUGUCACCGUCUCCUCUUAGAGCUCACUCGGGCCCAGCCCCUAAUCUGAGCUGUGGCUGUCACGACAUGUGCUACAGCCUUCCUGCCCCUUCCCCCCAGACAGUAUUACCCUGUGAAGCCCCUCUCUCCUUUAUUAUUCAGGAGGGCUUUGGGGCUCCCUGGUUCUGAGCAUCACCCUACCCACCCCUCCCCUUCUCUUCCAUCCCUCUGCACUUUGUUUACUUGUUUUGCACAGACGUGGGCCUGGGCCUUCUCAGCAGCCGCCUUCUAGUCGGGGGCUAGUAGCUGAUCUGCUGGCUCCCGCCCAGCCUGUGUGGAAAGGAAGCCCACGGGCGCUGGGAGCUGAAUUCUACAAUCCCGCUGGGGCGGACGGGGCGGGAGAGAAGGGUGGUGCUGCAGGGGUGGCCCCGGGGGGCCAUUCGAUUCGCCUCAGUUGCUGCUGUAAUAAAAGUCUACUUUUUGCUA